AUGGUAGAAUUCGGUACCACCCAGAGCUUGGACGAUAGCAACAUGCUUCCAGCCGAAGCGCAGGCUGAGUCAAGCCAAAAGCAACUCAUCGGUAUCGCCGGUGAGACGCCGGAACCAAUGAUCAAUCACGCUGGUGGAAAUGCAUCGGAGGUGGGAAGGAUCCAGAAAGCUUCGGAGCAAAGCGCUAGGUCGAGGACCGCCGCUCAAGAUCUGGUUCUCAAACGACUUAGGAUUCUCAACAAAAAGAUUCAACGAUUCCGAUCAUACCAGGGUGGCAGUAAUCUGAACGCCGACCAGAAGGCGGGCCUGGCUUCUCUGCCUGGUCUUGAAGCUGCUGCAAAGGAGUUGGAAGAUCUUGCUUCUGGCCUCGAGGCUAUCGCCAAGGAAGAAUCCGCGAAGGACCAAGCGGCACGCCUUGCCGCCGAGUCUGACCUCCGGAAUGCUACGGAAUCUGCCGUCAAUGUAUACAAGGAAACGUGCCUUCCGCUGUUGACAGCACUCGUCCGGGUCCACGCGACCCUGAGGCCCUCCUCGUCCCCCUCUUCAAAUUUCAUGGCAAGCGAUCUACCUGUAGAGCUCCAAUCGUUGUCUCGACCCGAUGUGGAUGUCGUCGACGAGCUGUUCGGCCUGCUCAAGAUGGGAGAUGCUCAGGGGGUUAUCGAGAGGAUCCAGCUUUUGAAGCCCACUCCGAUUGGCAAAGUACUGCAUCUCGGGGACGCAUCUACUGCAGAGUCGUCGGGUUCGACACCAGUAUUCUCUCCUCAACCGUUGGCGACGAUCAAUCUACCCACCGAAGGGUCGUACGCCGUGCCUGACGUCGUUCAGAACGACAACGAGUUAGACUCUUUCCGAUUCCAGCCCGAAGUCGCCGAACAACCUGUCAGCCGGAACAUCCAACCGACGAAGCCUGCUCAACCUGAGAUGAGCUUCAUCCAAUCAAGCGAGCUCGUCGAAGGGGAGGUUGUCAACCGAAAUCCUCCUGUCGAGGAGCCUCCGGUUAGCAAGGUUGAGGAAAGGGUCGAACCGCCGUCAGUUCCUGAGAAGAAGACCACGCACGAAAAGAAAACUUCGCAUUCCCAACCGAAUAUUGCAAAGAUCGUUGGUCUGAAUUGGGCCGAUGACGAUGAAGAUCACUCGGGGGAAGAAGAACUGGCUCGCAUCCGGGCUCAAUUCAACAUGCCUCCUCUGGCAUCUGCCUCGUCUGAUACGGCAAGCGACAAGCCAUCGAUAGCUGCCGCAGGUCCUGCUCCGCUACCGAACCUUGCCGCAAACAAGAGUAGCUCGCCGCUGUCGACCUCUGAGACCCUGAUGAGCGCUCAAUCGCACGCUCGUACCGUUCAACCCCCACCCGAAAUUCCUCCUCAAUCGAACAAAAGCCGCUCCAAUACUCGCUCGGCAAGCGGUGCUUCUACAAACAUCUCGCAACAACGCCAGAACAACGCCCCGACCAUUGGUCGAGGACGCGGUAGGGGAGGGUUUCAUCAGGCUGGAAAACCGCUUAUCAAACCGGCAGAACCGGAACCUGCGAUGGAGGAUGACGGCUUCCAGAUUGCCACUAGGAGAAGGGGUCCUCCGGCUCAUCAAGCCCGCGGAACUACCAACAAUGGCCGAGGCGGCAAUCGCGGCUCGAUGGCAAAUAGACAGAACGGUCCGCAACGUCGACAAGGCUGA